AUGUCUUUGUCAAGCCUUCCUGAAGACAUUGGAGUUGACAUCUUUGAUAAGUUAUCUGUGAAUACCAUCGGAAUCAAUUACGCUUCAAUAUCAACUUCUUCAUCGAAGCCAAUUAUACGUAAAGAAUCGGUUGUUAGAAAACACUUCCUUUUCAAAGAUGAUAAAGUAGUCAAUAAUAGCUAUCAAAUCAUGGGCUCUAGCAAUGGCUUGAUUUGUCUAGGAUUUUCGACAAAAGAAUCAGAGAUUAAUAUCUGUCUUUGGAACCCAUUAACUAGAGAAUAUGAAGUAGUAAGAAAUCCGUACUGCAAUGGUAUGUAUGAGUUUGGGAAUGGUUUUGGUUAUGAUCCUCAGAAUGAGGACUACAAAUUGGUAAGAAUUGGUUUUAAUGAAGCUGAGGUCCAUACGUUAGGAACAGAUUCAUGGAAAACUAUUCCUCACGAACGAUAUUCAUAUACAUGUCCUCGUGGAAAAUCUGAGAAUGGUGCUAGUUUGCUUGUCAAUGGAGUUCACCACUGGUUAUGUGUCACCGGAACCCGAGAAGCCGACCACGUUAUAAUUUCUUUUGAUAUGGGUAAUGAGUUGCUCACAGAAUUUCCACUUCCAGUGCAACCUUGGGAGCACCAGCAUGUAAGAUUAGGAGUUUGGGAAGAUUGUCUUUAUUUAGUUUUUAGUAGUACUACUAAUCAUAUCUUUCAAAUAUGGGUGAUGCAAGAUUAUGGUGUGAGAGAUUCUUGGACUAAACGAUUCACACUAGAAGUUGGUGAAAAUCGUGAACUUAGAGCUUAUCCUUUUAGGAAACCAAUUUGGUCAUUUGAAAACGGUGAGUUUGAGAUUGGGAUGUGUCGGAAAUUCUUUUUACGUGACUCACAAAGAGAAAGACUUAGAAGUUUGGAUAUUGGAGGCGGUGUUAAAUUGUUGUAUGAUCAACAAUCAGAGAGUUAUGUCGAGUCCUUAGUCUCACUUAACUGA